AUGGACGUGGAUGAUGGAGCAAUAGACCAGGAUCAUGGCUUGCCCGACUCGGAGGAAUCUGGAGAUGAUCAGGCAGAGUCAGACGAGUCAGAAGAAGAUGACAUUGACCAUGAAAUAAGGUGGGAACCCGAGGUACCUGCCUGUCCACGCCCAGAUGCCGAUGACUGGGACGAAGCGGAUACCGACUCUGCUGCAUCUGACCCCGGGGAUUCUACAGAACGAGUGGGGAGAGCCAAUGCCGAGGAGACCCUCCGCAAGCAGCCGAUCGUUGAGAAGUUCCGAUAUGGUGAUGCUGGCGCACCUAUACAAGACGCUGAGGUAGCAGUGAACUCGUAUAAUCAGUAUAUGCAUGCAAUGGCCGGUUCCUCAGCCAGUUUAUGGGCACCUUUUGCCUCGAAGCUUGAUUGGGACUUGGCGCGAUGGGCAAAACUGAGAGGACCGAGUUCAACAGCUCUGACGGAGUUGUUGCAAAUCGAAGGAAUCCGAGAGACAUUGGGGUUAUCCUAUAAGGAUUCUGACUCCUUGAAUAAAAUAGUUGACAGUUUACCUGGUCGCCCAAAGUUCAAACGAGAGGAAGUAGUCGUCGCCGGAGAAGCAUUUGAAAUCUAUCACCGUGAUGUAUUAGAGUGCAUACGCGCUCUGUAUGGUGAUCCGGAGUUCGCUGCGGACCUAAUUUUUGCGCCGGAGCGACAUUACGCUGAUGUGGACAAGACGGUACGAAUGUAUUCAGAUAUGCACACGGGAAAGUGGUGGUGGGCCACGCAGAAAGAGCUUGAACAUAAACGACCUGGAGGAACUAUCGUGCCGGUCAUCAUAUCGUCCGACAAGACACAGGUUACUCUCUUUGGGAACAAGUCUGCGUAUCCGGUGUACAUGACAAUAGGAAAUCUACCAAAGGAAAUACGGCGGAAGCCGUCGCGCGGCGGUCAUGUACUUCUCGGCUAUCUUCCGACGACCCGUCUCAGUCACAUUACCAAUCGUGCAGCCCGCCGUCGGACCCUUGCGAACCUCUUCCACUCAUGCGUUCGUCGAAUCCUGCAUCCAUUAAAGAAGGCUGGUGAGACAGGUCUCAUUAUGGCGAGCGGUGAUGGAGUGCACCGACGAGUGCAUCCAUUGUUUGUAACCUUUGUUGGGGACUACCCAGAGCAGGUUCUUGUGACGGGGGUCAAAACGGGCCAGUGCCCAAGAUGUCCCGUCCCACAUGAUGAGCUGGGGGAAUGCGACCCCGAUAAUCCUUAUGCAUUUCGGGACAUGGAUGUCGUGCUCGAUGCCCUCGGACAUAUUACGGAGGGACCUACAGCAUUCGUGAAGGCGUGCGCCGAGGCAGGGAUUAAGCCGAUUCAACAUCCCUUCUGGGAAGAUCUCCCCUACGUGAAUAUUUUCCAAUCCAUCACGCCUGACAUCUUGCAUCAACUCUACCAGGGCAUGAUGAAACAUUUCAUAUCAUGGGUCACGAAGAUGUGUGGUGCCGCGGAGAUCGACGCCCGCUGUCGCCGUUUCCCCCCAAAUCACCAUGUCCGGCUGUUCAUGAAGGGUAUCAGUACACUUUCGAAGGUCACCGGCCGGGAGCAUGCGCAGAUGUGUCAACUACUGCUUGGCCUUGUCAUUGAUAUUCGCCUCCCCGAUCGUCUGUCGUCUAUUCGCCUUGUACGCGCCACCCGCGCUCUCUUGGAUUUCUGCUAUCUUGCACAGUAUCCGGUUCACACUGACGAGAGCCUCAGAAUCCUCGAAGGUGCACUACAGCGAUUUCACGAGAACAAAGUUGUAUUUGUGGACCUUGGUAUCCGAAACGAUUUCAAUAUCCCAAAAUUACACGCAUUACUCCACUACCUCGCUUCCAUCAAGAUCUUUGGGACUACGGACAAUUACAACACAGAAUACACUGAACGCCUGCACAUCGACUACGCGAAAGAUGCAUACCGUGCUACAAACCAUAAGGACGAGUAUCCUCAAAUGACAAGAUGGCUAGAGCGACGCGAGAAAGUUUUACGCCAUGAGAAGUACAUCCUCUGGCGUAUGGCGGGUUGUCCAGCGCCAGCUGCGAAGGCAGAAGAUGAUGUCGGACUGCACGACCAUCUUCGCAUGGCACGUCAUCCAACCCUGAAAGCCGUCUCGUUACCUACUGUUUGCUCUGAAUAUGGUGCAGAGUUCUUUAAUGCUGCUCUCGCUAGAUUUGUUGUGCAGUAUCACAAUCCUCAACUUUCUCGGGCACAACUCGAGGAUGCGGCGGCAAGUCUGACCAUCCGCUUCCAAACCAUCCCCGUCUAUCACAAGAUCAAGUUCUGGAACACAGACCCCUUCGGGCGCAAGUCGCUACUAGAUUCAGCGGAUGCUGUACAUGUACGACCGGCACGUCAGGACUCACGCGACCGUGCAGUUCCGCCUCGGUUCGACACGGUACUUGUAAAUCUGGGGAGCGGGACUAUUGGCUUGCAAGGCUAUCGCGUUGCUCAGGUCCGCGUUGUGUUCUCCAUACCGCCUCGAGCAGUUGCAACUUUAUUCAAGCAGCCGCCGCCAGGCCACCUAGCAUAUGUUGAGUGGUUUACAGCAUUUUCAAUGACUCCGGAUGCAAAUUCAGGUAUGUAUAAGGUCUCACGUUCUAUACAGAAUGGGGAGCGUUUAGCCAGUGUCAUUCCGGUCUGUCAGAUCGAGCGCAGUGUACAUCUCUUCCCAAAGUGGGGUCCCGUGGCUCCUCGGGAGUGGUCAAGUAGUACCGUCUUGGAUUCAGCUCCUGCCUUCUUUGUUAAUCCUUUCUUAGACAGACAUACCUUUGUCACACUGUUGUAG